GGUUUACAGACGCCUCAUGGUUAGCGCAGUACAGUGGCCACGCCCAAACACGUCUGUAACGUAGAAUACCUAGCUAGCUAACAACCAGCAGAACACGCAGGGGGCAGAAGUGCACUCACCGCCACUAACAUGGAGGACACUGAGGAAGCUCAGACAGGAACGUUUACAUGCGAGUUGUGCGAGUUAUCCACUGAAUACACCUUUUACGGGAGGAAACCCCCAAACACCAGAGCCAUCGGGUUUUUGGAAGACUGCUAUGGCAUGCGUGAUCCUUUCACUCCAAACAAGGACAAAUUCCUUAUAUUGGGCUCCAAGUGCAGUUUGUGUAAGAAGACUGUAUGUGUUGGCACGGACUGCAGCAUCUUCUACACCAAGCGCUUCUGCUUACCAUGUGUGAGGAAAAACUUGGAGCAGUUUCCGGAGCAGAUUCAAAUAGAAAUAGCUAAGAAAAAAACAGCUCAGAAAAGUUAACAUCAAGCGGAGACACUGAGACAUGCUUAUGGACUAUGGAGUUUUUUGUUGUUGUGAACCCUGCCCUGUUUACUGAACUAAAUAUGUUUUUGCAUAUGGACUAAACACUGAUUUCUUUCUCACAAAAAAAAGGAAUCUGCUGAUAAGGGGAUGCUUCAUAGGAAUUCAAGAGCCUGAUUUGAUUCAUGAAUCCUAAUUUCAGAAAUUGUAACAGUGAAUUGUCCUGGAUUUACAUUGAGGAUGCCACAGGAAGUGACAGUAUGCUUUAGCAACAUGCAGAACACAUCUGAAAUUCACAAACAGUAAACAAAGGAAAUGCAGGAUGGACUCUGUUGUUACUGCAUGAAACAUGGUGUUACAAGUGCUGACUAUGAGAACAUACAGCAGAGGAUACUUUGAAAUGAUCCCAUUACUUAAGAGGCUACUAUCAGAUAACCUGUGUAUUGCAUAGUAAUAAAACUUGUUAUUAGAAAUUAAUUGCUCUGUUUCAUGUAAAAUUGAGUGCCAUGAGAAUUAUAUAUAAUGUUGAACAUCGUAUGUAUAUAUAAUGGUAAUAGAAAAUGCUGGAGCCCAGAGUGCAAUGCAGCAACACAGUGCAGUUGUGCUGAGUCAAAUGGGCUUCAUAUUUACAAAUGAUGUACUGUUUUGCUAUCAUUGAUGCUAUUCAAAUAGUAGUGUUCUCAGGUGCAUUUUGACCAUACUGCAGAUAGUAAUUUGUGAGAUUUCAUCUCAUGUGUCACGGUUUUUAUCAUACCUGAAAAUGCAAAACAAUAAACACAAGCCAGCAGUGA